UAGCUUAUGCAGCCUGUGGGAGUGAUGUUACUUCUGAGGCCGGCCAUCGCCCAGACCCUACCGGUCCCAAUGACCAGCCCGCCAACUGACUAGCUGAUGCCACCGCCCGCUGCCGCUCACCCGAUACCACCUUCGAUGCCUCGUUUCGCUUGUGGCUCCUACCGUCCUUCAACCGGGCUGUCGGUUCCCCAAAUUUGGGCCUGCCGCUAGACUCUUUAUCGACCUCCCAGGGGCAGUGUCCAAUGCACACAACUGCCAUGCAAUGGUUCUCAGCACGAGUCUGAACCCCGGACCAAGCAAUGAUCAUUCGUACCAUACUGCUGGCCACGCCGGGUACGGAGACGAGUGCGGCUCAGCUUGGCUCGUGGGUCCUUUGUCCGAACCUCCCAUUCGCAAGCCAAGGCCGAACCCGAGCCCGGGGAGGGGUGGGGACGAAAGGCACGCGACCACGGCCACCUCAACCCGGGCCGCAUCAAGAAGGUAAGUACCCCGGGAUCGGAACUACAGUACGGAUACAGACCGCUUGUCCGCACGCAGGGCCGUGUCCCUGCUCAUGCCCGAGUCGCCCGAGUUGCUCAUCCGCGGGGCUGCCCGGCAACCACCGCCCCCGGGCGUCCAUGCGACCGCUCCCGCAACGCCAGCUUGUGGGCACGGCGUCUCCUGUGAUUGGAAGACGGUUGCGUCGAUAACAGUCGCUGACAGAAUUCACGGGGGAUAGAUUUAGCACAUAGUCACUCGAUCGAACUUCGAGACGACA